CAUAUUCCAUCAAUGGCAAAACUAACAGUACCCACCAACUUAUCAUUGGCUAUUCUUUUCCUUCUAGCCAUUACUGCAAGUAUAGCUAGGGCACAGCAGGCUAAAGAAAUCAAAAUGUCCUUGUAUUUUCAGGAUAUCUCAAGUGGUCCUAAUGCAACUGUUAUUCCAGUUGCAGGGAUAGCUGCCAAGCACUGGACCUUCACACAAUUUGGGACCAUUUUUGUCACUGAUGAGCCUAUAACUGAAACUGCUGACCCCAACUCAGCCCCAGUCGGCCGUGCACAGGGCAUCUACGCAACUUCAGCUUUGGAUGGGCUAAACGCUCAUGUAAUGAUAUCAAUUGUGUUCACUAACGGAGAAUAUGGUGGCAGCACUUUGCAAAUACAAGGUUCCAGUAAGCAAUUUGAAGGUGUUAGAGAAGUUGCUGUAGUAGCUGGAACAGGACUUUUUAGGUAUGCAAGGGGAUAUGCUACUUUUGAGACUUAUUAUUUGGAUAUUCCUGCUGCUUACUCAAUCAUCAGGUGCAAUAUUUCAGUACUUCAUUACUCGGAUUGUGGACUGCAGUCUCCAUUCUCAUUUCCAAGUCUCUGAUAGUAUUUCUGAUGUAAUAAUAUUAAAAAUUGGGUGACUGGCUCUUCUCCAGGGCCUGUAACCUGUAGGACUGUAGUCUUUGUUUCUAGUAAUUGGCUUCUCAAAUGGAGAAGUUUGGGUGCCUGAUGAAAAUACACAUGGGAUUCUAUGUUUUGGCGUCGUGAUCAUAAAUUCCAAACU